GCGACUAUAAAGCUCGACCAAAUCGACAAUAGAGAAUCAUUCGACAGUAUACAUAUUCAAAAAAUAAUAUCAAAGUAACAUCAGUACUCUAGACAUGAAAUCCAAGAUUAUUCUGUUGAUAUUUGCAAUGGUAAUGCUGGCCGUCGUGGCAAAAGAAAUCAAUCCAUUCUCAAUUUAUGGGAAGAAAUCACCUUGGAAAUCACUUGGUCUCGUACAUGGGCCCUUCAAGCGUGAGGCUGUUCCAACCGUUGCUGACCGUCCCGCUGGACUUGAAACCCAUCCCACUCACGGAACGGCAACAGCCCAGGAAGAAGAACUGAUUCACAAACUCUUCAAGCGUGAGGCUGUUCCAUGUCAAGGCCCUCUCCUUCCCAACGCUGGACUUGGAGGCUGCCACGGAUCAGGAAAAAUCCUGAUCCGCGGCAAUGGUAUAAAAUUUUGAUUAUAAUAAAAAUGUUAAAGCAUUUUAGCAAUGGCUAAAAAAAUAUCAAUUUCCACAGUUGCCAAAAUAAAUAAUGAUUAACAAUUUAACAGUUAUAUCAAUUUACUUUAUAAUUAAUAUAAAGUUUAAUAAAAUUAGGAAAAAGUGGAAAACCAACUGAUCUGUAUAAUAUACAUGUUUGAAAACCCAAAACCCAUUUUUUUAGCUUGAAUCCAAGCUCCACUCCAAAGGAGUCACGCCCAAAUUUAUUUGCUGUUGAAAUAAAUAAUAUGAUACAUUAGAACAUAAAACAUAAGGCAACGAAGCUGGAAAGAGAAGAUAAUAAAUAAAUACAAUAAAUUGCAUUUUG